CCACCAGCACCACACCCGCCCCCGUCGUUCAAUUCCCACAUAAAAGAUAUUCCACGCAAUCCACCUCUCCCACCGUCCCUCUCUCUCUCUCUCUCUCUCUCUCUCUCCACUCACACAACGCACAGAAGACAUGGCCAUGGCUGACGCCAGUUACUCAUCAAUAUGUCUGGUGGGUAUAAUGGAUCGACUUUGGUUCCACCAAAUCAUUUUCUUCUCCGAGCCCGUUCCAUCGCUCUCUGGCUCCAAAACCCAAGAUCCACAAGAACCCGACUCGGCCACUGUGAUUCAACGUCAACCUUCGAGCAUGCCCGAGUUGCCACCUCCCGAUUCAGAACUUCAUUCGAUGGCUGAAGAAUCGCCACUUGCAGGCUAUAGUUUCUCCUCGUUGGAUCCAUCGGAUUCUUCAAUGGAUGACACCAACAAAAGUGAAGAUGCAGAGGAGGAAAUCAGACCAACGAGGGUGACUCAUCUUAUCGCAAGCAGAGCACGGCGUUCGCAUUCCUCGUCGCCAUCAACUCAGAAGAGGCCAAGAAAGCAAUCCUCCGAAGCCAAGAAACUGCUGAAAUCCAUGAGUUGCAGGACCUUCGAGGAGCUGGAAAUGAAGGAAGUGAAAGGGUUCAUGGACCUGGGCUUCAUCUUCAAGAAGGAGCACCUGAGCCCGCGAAUGGUGAGUGUCGUCCCGGGCUUACACAGGCUCGGACGGGACGCGAGCAUACCAGAAAGCGCCACGAACGACGAGGAGGGGAAGCGAGAGAUCAUGAGGCCAUAUCUAUCAGAAGCGUGGCUCAUAAAGAGACCCGAUUCGCCUCUGCUGAACUUGAGGGUGCCCCGGGCGUACGAGGCUUCCGACAUGAAGAAGCACCUGAAGUUCUGGGCUAGGACAGUUGCUUCUGAGAUUCACCAGGAGUCUUGACCCCUUUGUGAAGAAGAAAAACCCACAACAAUUUCACUUAUUCGCCAUCGUUAAGAUCAGCAUGAAAUCAUUAGUCCAACUAUGAUCUCAUGCUAACAGAUGGAACUGUAAAAAGAGGAUAUGGUGGGGUUGUGGGUAAUGCUUGUGCGUGGAUGGGACUUUGAAUGAAAAAAGUGCAAAUGAACAUUUUGUCGUUUACUUGUAA